GAAACAAGAUGCCUUCCGCGCGUCCUCGCUGGUCGCUCUCCACUGCUGCUGUAGGAAUGGUAAAGUGACUGCUGGAUACCAACAAAGUUAUCCGGAGCUGCCGAGGACUUGUAAAAACCCAGAUUUUCUCUCAGAAAGCUCGCAGAGGAAUGUUGUCUGUUUAAAAACACACAUCCUGCUAUUUUUUAGGCGUCCAAGGACGGCAGCUACACCGUAUAGGAGGAGCUAGCGGCGUGUUUCCGCUAAGAGCAGGCCUAGACCGUAAUCUAUGCAGCCGUACUGAGAAUUACAGAACAGCGGCGGAGCAGUUGGCAGCUAUUACCGGGAACUGUUUUACCAGAAUUAGUUUAAACACCGGAAAGCUACGGUCGUCCACGUCUGAGGGAAGAAGAAGAAGGAGUGGCAGCUGGACUGUCAGCAAUGGAAGCCGAAUUUCGGGAAAUCGAUGAAAACGGGAGUUGGAGCGCCGUUUAUCAGGAGAUUCGUCAGCAGUCAUGUGAACUCCCGUGCAAGCUUGCCAAAUUACCUGAAAACAAGACCCGGAAUCGAUACAGAGAUGUCAGCCCAUUUGACCACAGCAGAAUAUGUCUACAGCUGGGUGCGAAUGACUACAUUAAUGCCAGCCUAAUAAAAGUAGAAGAGGCGCAGAGGAACUAUAUCCUUACUCAGGGACCCCUUCCAAAUACAUGUGGCCAUUUCUGGGAGAUGGUGUGGGAGCAGAGGACCCGCGGCGUCGUGAUGCUGAACAGAGUCAUUGAGAAAGGAUCCGUUAAAUGUGCCCAAUAUUGGCCACACAGAGAGGAGAAAGAUGCCACCUUUGAAGAUACCAAUUUCAAGCUUACCUUUGUCUCAGAGGACAUCAAAUCUUACUACACAGUCCGUCAGCUGGAGUUGGAAAAUCUGUCUACUCAAGAGACUCGAGAGAUUUUACAUUUUCACUACACCACCUGGCCUGACUUUGGGGUACCAGAGUCUCCUGCCUCCUUCCUUAACUUUCUGUUCAAGGUGCGAGAGUCGGGUUGUUUGAAUUCUGACCAGGGACCAGUAGUGGUGCACUGCAGCGCUGGAAUCGGACGCUCUGGGACAUUUUGUCUGGUGGACACCUGCCUCUUGUUGAUGUCCCUCCGUAAGGACCCGUCCUCAGUGCGUAUUCAAAAUGUGCUGCUGGAGAUGCGACGCUAUCGUAUGGGCUUGAUUCAGACUCCAGAUCAGCUUCGCUUCUCCUACCUUGCUGUCAUUGAAGGUGCCAAAUACAUCAAAGGAGAUACAUCUCUGCAGGAGUCAUGGAAAGAGCUCUCAAAUGAGGAAGAUGAUCCUCCAGAGUUCACCCCUCCUCCUCCUCUUCCUCCUCCCAGAGACCCUCAAAACGGCAAACUUGAGCUGUCCUUUUUCCCUGAAAAUGACGAACUCAUCCAGAUGGCACAUGUUUUCGGGUUGACACAAGAGUCAGAGGUGCGAAAGAGGAACAUCGCUGCCCCCCAGCCUCCGCCCCACAGCGCUGAUCAGCCCGACGGCCACAUGGGAGAUGGAGAUAUUACCUCUGAAGCUCCGAACAAAUCCCAGCAGCAGCAUGAAGUGGAGGAGCUGGAGUUGCCUGAGGCGGUGGAGCAGCCAAAGGAGAGCUCUCCUGUGCCGGGGGCUUGGUCCCCUCUACUAACCAACGUGUGCCUGUGCACAGCGCUGGCUCUCAGUGCUUACGCCUGUUAUCGAGCCUAUUUCCACUGAUGUCAGCCACGCCUCCUCCUUCUUUUGUUCCUCCCCGUCUCUCCACUGAUGUUGCAAAGUGGACGCGUCUGGGCCAACCAGCCUGCUUUGACUGUGCGAGCGAGUGGAUUGUUUGGUCUUCGGCAAAUUGAGGUUCACUCGUUUUAGUUUUUACACACGCAGUGCGAGGUCUCGGCUGGCUGCCACUCCUUAUUAUCCACCCAAACGUUCUUUCCGUGUGUCAUCUUGGGUGCUCAGGGCUUCAUUUUUUCAGGUGUCACAUCGAAAUACGUGUAUUGAUUUAAACCGACUCAACAUAAAACACGUAUUGUGGUCAGCAGAGGAAAAUAAUUUUAGCACCGCUGUUCUGUGAGCCGGGAUGAAUGACCUGUCAGCCCAUUUUACAUGUUUGUUUUCGUAUUUACCAAAUGACACUUGAAUGUGUUCUUCCAUUUCAUCCUUAACUCGUGUGUCCAUUAGGAUUUUACAUUUUCUUCGUCUUCUGCAAACAGAUCAGAUAUAAUAGAGCCAGAUUUCUGACCAGCCUGUCUGAAAAACAUGCCAGUAAAGGAGAGACUUUAUUUUUUUGUUACGGGUCAGCAUUAGACCCAACAGUAAGGUGAAAGUAACGGGGAAGCAACCCUGUGCCCGCUGAUAAGACGUGCAUGCUGGAGUGGGCAUUGACUUGUUAUCUGACCUCACUAGUGGCUUGUGUUCGGCUGCAGGAGGUGUGCUGGUUGAAUACAUACAGUAUGUGUGCGUUUUUUUGUGUGUCUGUGUAUGUACAUUUGCGCGAAUGGUAGUUAUCGGAGCUUUCUACUCAUGCGUGAGUUAAAUCUGCUCAGUGAGAUAUAUUAUUGUAACGUCAAAUGUGAGAUGUAGACUGGGCUGCCUCCUGGUAUUUGAUUCCCUCUGCGUUUUCUCUCCCUGGUAGCUCAAGAGUGACAAAGGAAUAAAAAAAAACUAAAACAGGGCGGGGAAAGACUGACACUCUCCAUUCACCUGGCACACUCAAAUUAACACUGAAAAAAAAUGUGAGGCUUGAUUUAUACUCCUGUGUUGACUUUAUGCUGAGGCUCUGAUGUUGUGUUUGUACUUCUCUGCCAUUACACCACCAAAACUAUUUAGUACACUGGAAAAAUGCCCCUCUCUAAACAAGAAAAAAAAAUUAAUUCAAGGAACUUUUACCUUGAAAUAAGUGAAAAAAAAUCUGCCAGUAGAACAACUGAAAAAAUGGCUUGGUAAGAUUUCUUGAAAUAAAAUAUGAUAUUUAGAAUUGAGAUCUUAAAACAAGUUGGGAAAACUUAUUUUAGGCUUUAUUUUACCAGGAUUGUCAGGCUUAGGUGUCUUAAAAUAAGCCAGACAUGCUUAAAAAAUAGCAAUUUUUAACUCAAAAAUGGAUUUCUGCUUUCACGUAACCUCCUAAUUUGAGAUGUAUUAACCUGCUUUUAUUUACAGGCACCAAAAAAACAUUGUUUCCUUGUCUGAAAAAAAUCCAAAAAUUCAGCAAAAAAAUUUCCCAAAUUUCUGAAAAUUUGCAAAACCUUCAGGAAGAAAAUUCCAAUAAUAAUAAGUUAUGUGUAUAUAUAUAUAUAUAUAUAUAUAUAUAUUAAAUCCCUUAAAUGUGGCAAGAAAAUUCUUGUACAUAUUUUCAAAAAAAAAUCAGUACAACUCUUCCAAAAAAAUGCUAAAAAUAUCUCAAAUGAUUACAUAUAUAUCAGUAAAUCUUCUAAUAUUUUCUUGAAGAACAUUCACAAAAAAUCAACCAAAAUCCAGCAAAAUUUGGUGGAUUUUGGUUGUUUUUUUGUGAAUGUUCUUAAACAUUUUUAACAUUUCUUUUUUUCCACCAAAAAAUGUUCAAAAAUUUCCAAAAAAUGUUGAAAAUGUGGACAUCAGAAGUUUCACUGUGAAAAUAUAUAUUUAUCCACAUUUUCAAAUUUUGAAACAGGUCAAUUUUGACCUGCAGGAUGACACGAGGGUUAAGAACAGUUACCUUUACCAAAAUUACUGCUGUUGGAAGCAUAAACAGACUGGUAGAUCUAUGAAACAUUGGCACAACCCUGACUAUUGCAUGUAGCAUAUUACAUAUUAUGGUUUAUUUCACAGAAGCAUUAUCCGUCUGUGUCACAGCAAAGUGUAGUUACAUUUCUAGAGGCGCACAUCAGGGUACGGUGUAGAAUCAGUGCAGAAAUAUAAAUCAAGCUUAAGAACUCAAGGUCGUCUCUUAUAAGGUUGUAGUUACUGUUUUCAGUCAGAGUGGAUAAAAAUCCGUAACAUAACAUGAACACAGCUGAGGAAGUGUGUUCAGUGAGUGACGUCUCGCACGUGAACGGAGACGCCAAGUAGCGAACACCCAACUUUUUUUUCGCCAGCAAUACAAAUACUCAAUAAUGUGUCGCCCUUUACUUCAUCAAACUCUGAGUUUGAACAGGGAACCAGGGAUUUUGAACAAACCAAAAAUCAAACACCAGCACAGGGAUGAAAACAAUACACUGUAGUGAUUAUCCAUUGUACCAUGGUGUGACCCUGAGCUGGCAAUAUUGUUUUAUAUGAUUAUGUUUAUUUUUUAGCAUGCUGCAUUUGUGAAUCAACAGGUUUGUCCUAAGAAGAGAUUAGUUAAGCUGCUAGCAUUCAUUUACCUUUGGGACUCGACAAAGUUCAGUACUUUGUUUGACAGCUGUACUUUUCUUUAGAAUGUAUUAAUGUCCUCUCCAAGGACACACCCUUAUUAGAUAUCUAUAUAUUUCAAAUCAGGUUUCAGUGUGCUGAGUUUUUUUUUUUUUUGUUCUGCUUUAGCGAGGUAUUAAAUCUCAGCACCUGUGCAGCCAUUGCACCAGGUUUUCCUGUUUUUCUAUACUUAUGCUGAGCUCAAAAACAUGUAUUUUUUUAAUUUACAUUUGUUGUUUUACUUUUUAAAUAAAGAAAAAAAAACAUC